AUGUCGCCAGGCAAAAGUUUAUCCAUCUCUUCUCAUUUUCUCCAUUGACCAAUUUUAUCAAUUAAACUACAUAUCCAGCUAGCAAGCUAGGGUUUACUCUCCAGCAAUGACAAGUGAUAUUUAAGAGUUUCUUGCUUUAAUUUCCACUUGAUCGAUCUUGCUUCAAGCACGAGAUAUCUAUAGUCGAUGUAUAUGUGAUGGAUUGAACGGAUAAAUAUUGAUCUUUUUAUAUUUUGGAUCUGAUGAUCUCUUCUUUUAAGAAGUGUAGCUGCAAAUUUUCGACAACUAUGAGUACUGAUGAGCUAAGAUGAAUAAUUCAAAUAUAAGACACUCAUCCGAUCUUGCACCAAAGGAAGAAGGCACAAGUUGUAGUAACAAGAAUAAACUGAAUUAUUCCACUACAUCAUCAUCCUGGACAAAGCUGAAAGACCCUAGAAUCGUGCGAGUAUCAAGAUCUUUUGGUGGGAAAGACCGGCAUAGUAAAGUUUGUACGGUGAGAGGAUUAAGAGACAGACGAGUAAGGCUAUCUGUCCCAACCGCUAUUCAAUUAUAUGAUCUUCAAGACCGGCUAGGACUUAACCAACCUAGUAAAGUUGUUGAUUGGUUGCUUGAUGUUGCCAAGAAUGAAAUUGAUGAACUUCCCCCUCUUCAAAUGCCACCUGGAAAUUUUGCUCAAAGUUUCCAAUCAAUGAUCACUGCUGCUUCUCAAUCUCAAAAUAUUGAAGGGGCCGAGAAAUCAGUCGCGAAUGGGAUCAAUUGGGAUAAUUAUUGGAAUGCCAUUAAAUUGAAAGAGAAAGAACAACAUUCCUUGGCUCAAUCAAAAAUGCUCAACAAUUUUGAUCAGCCAAAUGGUUCGUUCCUCAAAUUGAACCCUUCAAAUUUGUCUUUAUCACAAUUCGGUAGCUAUGAAUCAAUGGCACUUGACAACACAAGUCAUCAUAACUUCAACAUUAACUUGCCGGGGUCAUCUCAAUUUCUCGUGUACCCACCACCGUCUCAUGAUGACCAUAACUCGAGACACCAAUUUGAUCCGAAGCAACUAAACUUUGAGAUGUUGAGCUCUACUUCGUCGACUUCAAGCUCACAUAACCCGUUAUCUUCUUCACCUCUAUAUUCAAUAAACCAAGGGAUGAUGAUCAGGCCUUUUCACUUACAUAUGAACCCCAAGGUGCCUAAUUUUCCUUCUGAAGAAAAUGAAGAAGAUUAAAGUGCAUCAUUCAAACACUCUUUUAUUAUAGUUUUGCAUAAAACAUGUGUGUACUUGGCUAAUUAAAUAAGACGACCGGUCCAGGUAUGUUUACAGUUUGUUUUGUUUCUAUAUAUAUAUAUUCAUUGAUAUAUUUAAAUGAAUAACUGUAGCUAGCUGCGAUAAUGUAAAAGGCUGCAGCUAGCUUGUACUUUUGAUUGUAAGGAUUAUUGAUUUUUUGGCUAAUUUUUGAAGUAAUAUGGUUUUUGUUCAA